UGCAUUUUCCCGGCAAACGUCGGUGGUGUUUUGUAUUUUUUUAGCGCUUUACAACAAAAAAACAGGAUUAUGUCGUCUGAUUUGUGUUUAGAUGAUCUAUCCGAUGUUGAUAUAACAUUAAUGACUCUGCGUAAGCCGACGGAAUUGAAAAAAGUGAUUGAUUCCAUACCGAAACCAGUGAGGGCUGUUCCGAAAAAUGGGCUUCCAUUAUGGUACAGAUUGGGCUUGGAGAGCAAGUUGCCAGUACCAAAAAUGCCGGAAGGAAAAAUCAUUUUUUCACGCGGAAAAAUCGGUGAAGAUGUGCGGCGUCUAGGUCUCGGCAAAGACGGACCCCGACCUUCAUUCGACCUCACAGAUCCUUACUGCAACAACGUGUCAUACGACUACGUGCCUGUACACGACCCGCACUUGGCCCAUCACUUCGCACAGAAGCCAGCAAGGAACAGAAUGAAGCAACUGGGCUAUUGCACGAAGGAUGGCAGAGCGGUCUGCUCACUGAAAGACUUCAACCAAUACAGGAAGUAUCUGUACAAUCAAUUUAUGGACAGGAUUCAUAUGGAAAUGAAGAAACUUGAUGAACGCGCUCGUGACGAUCUGACUCUAAAAAGAGUGGAGGUGGAUGUGGCUCGACGACUGCAAGUGUUCACUAAAGCGGAGCGGGCGAGGGAACACUUGGAGCGAGUGGCCCAGGAACAUGCUGAUGAAUGGGCGGAGAAAAGACGACUGGCAAAAGAACAAGAAAAGAAGAUACAAGCGCGAAUGAAAUACUUGGCCGAAUACAACGAGAAACAGCGUAAAGAGCGCGCUGCGCGAGCGCACGAGAAACAGAACAGAAUCAAACAGAGGGUGCAAGCGGCUGCCGAAAUGGAGCUACGACGUAAGAUAACCAUGGUCAGGCAGUGGAGAGCGAACGAGAAGAAGCGAUUGAAUAGGCUGAAGCAAGAAAGAGAUGCAAAACAGAAGAGGUUGGAGGAUGAGGCAAAUAAUAAAUGGAAAGCGCGCGUCGAAGCUCAGAAUCAAAAGAUACAAGAAGAAGCGAUUCUUCUGAAAUUAUAUACGGAGGAUAUGAAUGCUGGCGCUACGAGGAGAGCAAAGAAAGCGGAGGUAUACGCGUACAAUACGGACUUAGAGCUGCAGCGGAUAAGACUUGCUAAUUGGAAGCUAAUGCACGGCGGCACGGCGAAAGCGUCGCAGCUCGUGAGGAAAAUGGGAAUCGAGUUUGAAAAGUCGAAACGCGGCGCCAAAGGCAUGAGCCCAGAACUAGCGCAAUCGCUAGCUGAAGAAGCAAUGGCGGCGGCUGUGUCCACUGAGGGAGAUGCGCUGAUGACACUGGGACAGGCGCGCGCUAAGAUGGACAUUGUUACUAUAUUACCGAGUGCACCUAUCAGGAUAUUGGAGGAGAUGCUAGAAGGAGCGGUAAUGGAGUUUGCUCGCCGAAGAGUCAACUUGCUCCUUCGAGAUAUCGAAAGAAUGGUCAAGUCACGAGCCACGUUGGUAUUCUUCCAAAACUUCCGACCCCCACCUAAGAAGAAGCGUCCAAAAGCAUCUCGCUGGACGGUACAAAUAGCCACGGAGUUUGCUCGCCAGUUUGCAGCCGCGCAUGGAAUAGUGUUUGGUGACGUCACGAGCAAACCUGCAGACACAUUCACUGAUGUUGAUAUGAAGAGCGUCAAGGACCGACCGCCUACGCCUGUGCCAUCGAAGACAAAACUCGCAGAAGUGACUUUCUCAGACCGAGUGGAAGAUCUCCCCGAUCCAGUCGCUGUUGGCACUUAUUUACCUGAAAGGAAGAAGUUAUUAGAGAUGAUAAACGUAGCCGCAAAGCUGUUGUCCCGAUCGGUGAGCCAGCAAGUGCUCAAGGGAAUGGAUGUUACUAUAGGAAUGGUCACGCUGCCGCAUAUGAGACAGCCCAUGGAGUGGGGUGAAGCGGUAGAGAGUCUAUCGGACGCGGUAGUGAACAACCGCGUGCACAGCGAGUGCGGGGACGUGCGCCGCGCCGCGCUGUACCUCGCGCGCCGCGUGCUGCUCGCGCUCAGCGCGGACAUGAAGCGGGAGAAGAUGCGCCGCGUGAGUGUUGUGUCAUUGUGUGUCUAGCGGUGCGGCAGAGAACAACCGCGUGCACUGCGAGUGCGUGAGAUGUUGCUUUAGGUUUAGUUGUUGUACUGAUUCGUGUUUGCUGUGACAUGAGGGAGGAGAUGCGCCGCGUGAUUCAUGUCGAUGUAGGUAA